AUGAUAUUAACCGUGUUCUUGAGCAACAAUGAACAGAUUUUAACAGAAGUUCCUAUAACACCAGAAACCACCUGUCGAGAUGUCGUAGAAUUCUGCAAGGAACCUGGAGAGGGCAGUUGCCACCUGGCUGAAGUGUGGAGGGGAAGUGAACGCCCCAUCCCCUAUGACCACAUGAUGUAUGAGCACCUGCAGAAGUGGGGGCCUCGCAGGGAAGAAGUGAAAUUUUUUCUUCGACAUGAGGACUCUCCAGCUGAGAGCAGUGAACAAGGUGGCCGUCAGACCCAAGAGCAGAGAACCCAGAGAAAUGUAAUAAAUGUUCCUGGAGAAAAACGCACUGAAAAUGGGGUUGGGAAUCCACGUGUUGAACUUACCCUCUCAGAACUUCAAGAUAUGGCGGCCAGGCAACAGCAGCAAAUUGAAAAUCAGCAGCAAAUGUUGGUUGCCAAGGAACAGCGUUUACACUUUUUAAAGCAACAGGAGCGCCGCCAGCAGCAGUCUAUUUCUGAAAACGAAAAGCUUCAGAAAUUGAAAGAACGAGUCGAAGCCCAGGAGAACAAGCUGAAGAAGAUUCGUGCCAUGAGAGGACAAGUUGACUACAGCAAAAUGAUGAACGGCAAUCUGUCUGCUGAGAUAGAACGGUUCAGUGCCAUGUUCCAGGAAAAGAAGCAGGAAGUUCAGACUGCAAUCUUACGAGUUGACCAGCUUAGUCAGCAACUAGAAGAUUUAAAGAAAGGAAAACUGAAUGGGUUCCAGUCGUACAGUGGCAAGUUGACAGGACCAGCAGCGGUGGAGUUAAAACGACUAUACCAAGAGCUACAGAUUCGUAACCAGCUUAACCAGGAGCAGAAUUCCAAGCUCCAGCAGCAGAAGGAGCUCUUAAACAAGCGCAACAUGGAAGUGGCCAUGAUGGACAAGCGGAUCAACGAGCUGCGUGAGCGCCUUUAUGGCAAGAAAAUCCAGCUGAACCGUGUGAAUGGCACAUCAUCACCACAGUCACCCCUGAGCACAUCUGGUCGGGUUGCUGCUGUGGGUCCUUAUAUCCAGGUUCCCAGUACUGGGGGAUUUCCUCUCCCAGGGGACCCCGUAAAGCCCCAGUCUCUCACCAUUGCCUCAAGUGCUACCCACGGAAGAUCCAAAUCUGCUAAUGAUGGAAACUGGCCAACAUUAAAGCAGAAUUCUGCUUCAGUGAAGUCAACUCAGAUGGCUGGUGGAGACUGGAAGGACUCAGGCAUGGAGGGGGCUCUGAAGCAAGGUGCCAUCUCAAGCCAGCCUUUGCCCUUGCCAGCGCUGGGAGCUACAGAAAAGCUGGGCAUCGAGAUUGGCAAAGGGCCACCUCCCAUCCCUGGUGUAGGCAAGCCACUACCCCCAAGUUAUGGGACAUACCCAAGUCCUGUGCCCCUGGGGCCAGGAUCAACAAGCUCCCUGGAGAGAAGGAAAGAAGGCAGCUUGCCCAGACCUGGUGCAGGCCCACCAAGUCGGCAGAAACCUGCCCCGCUGGCUCCAACAGGCAACGCUCCCCAGCCUGGCUCCUCGCAGCAGAUUCAGCAAAGGAUCUCAGUGCCACCAAGUCCCACAUACCCACCAGCGGGGCCACCUGCCUUUCCAACUGGAGAUGGAAAACCUGAGCUUCCCUUGACAGUGGCCAUUAGGCCUUUUCUGGCUGAUAAAGGGUCAAGGCCACAGUCUCCCAGGAAGGGACCUCAGACAGUAAAUUCAAGUUCUAUAUACUCCAUGUACCUGCAGCAAGCCACACCACCUAAGAAUUACCAGCCACCAGUGCAUGGCACCUUAAAUAAGUCAGUGAAAGCAGUAUAUGGUAAGCCUGUCCUGCCGUCAGGGUCAGCAUCUCCAUCACCCUUGCCAUUUCUUCAUGGGCCGCUGGGCCCAGGCACGACACAGCCUCAGCCUCCUUCAGAAUGUGCUGAGAAAGAGCCAGAACAGGAAGGCCCCCCUGGACCUGGAGAAGGCAGCACAGUGGAAAGCCUGCCGCGGCCACUCAGUCCCACCAAACUCACCCCCAUUGUGCACUCGCCACUUCGUUAUCAGAGUGAUGCGGACCUGGAGGCCCUCCGCAGGAAGCUGGCCAAUGCACCCCGACCCCUGAAGAAGCGCAGCUCUAUCACAGAGCCGGAGGGCCCUGGAGGCCCCAACAUCCAAAAGUUGCUGUAUCAACGCUUCAACACCCUGGCUGGUGGCAUGGAGGGUACCCCUUUCUACCAGCCCAGCCCUUCACAGGACUUUGUAGGCACCUUAGCAGAUGUGGACAAUGGAAAUACCAAUGCCAAUGGCAACUUGGAUGAGUCUCUCCCUCCCCGGCCCACAGCCCCACUUCCUGAGGAGCUUGCCCCAUCCUCAGAUGCCAACGAUAAUGAGUUACCUUCCCCUGAGCCAGAGGAGCUCAUUUGCCCCCAAACGACUCAUCAAACUGCUGAGCCUACUGAGGACAAUAACAACAAUGUGGCUACAGUACCCUCCACAGAACAAAUCCCAAGUCCUGUGGCUGAGGCUCCUUCAGAGGAGGAACAAGUCCCUCCAGCACCUCUAUCCCCUGUCAUUCAUCCUCCAGCAACAUCUGCGAGCAAACGGACCAACCUGAAAAAGCCUAACUCUGAACGAACAGGACAUGGGCUGAGAGUGCGCUUCAACCCUCUCGCGCUGCUUCUAGAUGCUUCUCUGGAAGGAGAGUUUGAUCUCGUGCAGAGGAUCAUCUACGAGGUGGAAGACCCUAGCAAACCCAAUGAUGAAGGGAUCACACCCCUGCACAAUGCUGUCUGUGCUGGCCACCAUCACAUCGUGAAGUUUCUGCUGGACUUUGGGGUCAAUGUGAAUGCUGCUGACAGCGAUGGAUGGACCCCACUGCAUUGUGCUGCCUCUUGCAACAGUGUCCACCUCUGCAAGCAGCUGGUGGAAAGUGGAGCUGCUAUCUUUGCCUCCACCAUCAGUGACAUUGAGACUGCUGCAGACAAGUGUGAAGAGAUGGAAGAGGGAUACAUCCAGUGUUCACAGUUUCUAUAUGGGGUACAAGAGAAGCUGGGAGUGAUGAACAAAGGCACUGUGUAUGCUUUGUGGGACUACGAGGCCCAGAACAGCGAUGAGCUGUCCUUCCACGAAGGGGAUGCCAUCACCAUCCUGAGGCGCAAAGAUGAAAAUGAGACUGAGUGGUGGUGGGCUCGUCUUGGGGACCGGGAGGGCUAUGUGCCCAAAAACUUGCUAGGGUUGUAUCCACGGAUCAAGCCCCGGCAGCGAACACUUGCCUGAACUCUCCCUGGAGUACCACAUUGGCUCCUGGGAACUACUGGAAAGGAUUCCAGCGGCCCUGGAGAAACUGAAGUUAGGCCAGUCUCAUGGUGCUCACUUUAGCAGACAGUAUCCACAAUGUGAAUCCCAGCUUCCCAGGGGAGGCCCUUCCAGUCUGCAGUAACUGGACAGGUAGUACUUUGGCCUUCAGAAGACUGCAUUUUUGCCAAUUACUGUAAAUCCAAAUAAAUAUCCAGCUUCCAAAACACCCACCCCUGUUGCCAGUCAGCAGUCCUAAACUAUGAACCCUGACGGUUGCCAAUGAAGACAAAGCUCUGACUGACUCGGCCCACAGGCCCCUUCUCAUGUUCGAUGUCUCCGACCUUCAGCAAAAGCAAGCUGCUACCAGAUGGCUCUGGCUACAGCCCUGCCCUCCUUGGAAAGUCUCAGAACCAUCAUCCUUUCUCACAUUCCCACUCAAGAGAACUUGAUUUCCUUUCACUACCAAAGGAGCCCAUUUAGAAACUGUUCUGUUUAGUUAACCUGAUGAGCUCAUGCUGUGGCUGGACUUACAUGCCUCAGCACACAGGGUCAUCUGAUUCCUGCAGCUUUUAGUGUCCUCUUUAGCCCCCCUGCGGCGUGAGUUCAUUCUGUUCUGAGCGCAGUUAGACACAGGAGGCUGGGCAGGGCCCAGGUCAGGAAAGCCACCAGGCAGCUGGAAUGCAGUCACUGUGGCCGCAUUCCAAGUGAGGCCAGCUCUAUCCUCGGGAGCUUGAACUCUGCAGACAGGCUUUUUCUACACUAAGAUUAUUUUUCAACUAGGCCGUUGAAAACUACUAGAACUGUGUUGGAAAUAUUUCUUCCUCAUUGAAACACAAGCCCUUAGGCUUUAUUUUUCAUGUGAGUCUUGUGCAUAACUACGUGUAAAUCCGUGUGUAGGCUCUGGGAGCAGUGCUGUAGUCAGGGUGGCGCUGAGAAGUGAUGCCCUGUGAGCAGCACAGCCUCUGCCAUCCCACCACCACCAAUGCUGUGUGACAUGCACAAUAAACUGCUGUCUCACACCUGGCUGUGAGUCUGUGUUCUGGACGCAGGACAGCUACACAAAGUGAGGCCAGAGCCUGCUGUGUGCUUUCAAAAUAAGUUUUAAUCAUACGCUUUAUAUACAAAUUACUGUACAGUCAUUUUAAUAAAGUGAAUAGUAAGUGAAAAGUAGAAAACACAAAGGUGAUGCCUCCCCCUUAGUGACAUAUAAAAGGACUGUUCAUUGCCCCAAAUUAGUGACAAAAUAAAUGGAGAGUCAUAAACAGGCUAAGGCAUUGUAAAUGGGCUACUGGAGAUAGGCAGGGUCCAAUGCUCAACCAGGGACCUGAGUGAACACCACCUAAUUUGUUUCUGUAGGAACAGGGCCAAAAAUCUCUAAUAAACCUGGUAUAGGUUAUACUAAAACUGAUUCAGUACUGUAGUGCAGCUUCUCCCAACCCUGAAAGUACCAACGAUCCACUACAAUGUCAGCUCUUGAAAGCGUUAAUCAACUGUGUACAUAUUGCACUAGAUACGCGAACACUGCUUCCACAUACUUGAUUUGCAUUUCCAAGCACACACAGAGCAGAGCCCUGAGUGCUCAGGCAGGGGCAAGCAGCUUGGACUUUGUAACCUGAUGUGCUGGGCUCAGUUCCCUUGCAGUUACUGGUCUCGUGAUUCAUAGAGGAGCUUGGUAGCCUGCAGAAUACCAGAAAGCAUGAUUGGUUCUGGGCCUGAUCAGAGAUGAGCCCAUGUGCCUUUUAGGGGAGUAACUAGGGGCAUCCCAGUUAUGUGGCAACCUUUUGGGAAAUACACACUUGUCUCUAACUCCAUGCGCUCAGCCUCCCCAGCCCUGCCCACAGUACCUUGUGCAUGGCUGCCAGCCAUGCUGCUGCCUGCCUCUUGCUGCCGUUUGCAUCCUCUCCAGCCAUCAGCCUCAGCUGUGUUGCAGCCUCUGCCCCUGGCACUGUGUACUGCAGGAACAUCCCUGUGGCUCGAGUGCUGCCCGCUGGAGGAGGGAGAUGAGGUGUCAUACGGGACCCUAAGGCCCUGUGCGCUGCUCAGGAAGCAGCCUCGUUGGAAACAUGCAGUGCUAAGUGAUACUAGCUCCUGCUUCUGCAGAGACCCCGUGUGCACAGAGAAGGGGAAAGGAACAUAAAAGACUUGUGAGCCCCAGGACCAGGAUAAACUAAAGAUAACAUAUCACUAAACUUCACAGAGUAAGUCCUGUUCUCCAACAGUCCAGAAGCUGCCAAGCCUUCUAGAUCAUGGCAUUCUCCUUCCAACCUUCAGAGAGACCACAUGCAUGCGUGUGUGUACACACACACACACAGUCUUCAGCCAGAGUAGAGCAGUGAAGUAUGGAAACGACUUUAGGAAUGGCCUGGCCAUCAGAAGAUAAGCCGAGCACAUAGUUACAUCAGUCCUGACUUGGAGGCCACAGCCGGGCAGACUUGAUGCAGGAGCAAUGCCACACUACCCUGUCAAGUGCCAUUCUUCCACAGCUCACAGGACCCCAUGGGAAUGUUGGGGGUCAGCCUGCCAAGCCACAGCUCCAUCUCUGAGCUAUGACCAGCUGCUCUGAGCUUCAUGAUUUGAAUUUAGGCUGUGCCCUAGAAACAAGCAACUUGAGACGCAGAUUAGUUCUGUCAGGCAUGGUUACUAGCCUCGUGACCAGAAAAAAAACAUUUUGAGAAAUGACCCACCUCUAAUCACACAUUAAUUCUAAAUCAAAACAGCCUGGGUCCCACUGGCCGGUGGGGUGAGUUGAACAUACAGACCAUAGCCAGGAAGAGGCCUGACUUCCUUGCCUGCAAAAGCUCUGGCUAAAAUGGCUGGGCCCACCUCAAAGGCUUUCUGAAGUAAGUUCUAAUUCAGAGGCCUAGAAACACACCGAAGGCCUCGGGCUGAGCUGCCCUACCCAAGCUGUUGCAGAACUUCCUAUCUGGGCUAUGUCUACCCUCAGCUUUUGUAAAUAAAAAUGUAUGUAAAUGUG